CUCUCGUCUUCUGUUUUCCUUUUCUUUCUCUAACGCACAUUCUAUCUCUCUUUUUGGUUUUCGUAUUUCUCUAUUUUUUCUUUUUGGCUUUGCUGCACAAUUGAAAGGGGGCAAUUUUUUACGCUGAUUUGGGGCUUUCGAUGGAGGGUGGUAUCUUCCGGAAGAGCUCUACUAAGAAAGUUUGAAGCUAUCAAAGAUAGACUUAGGUUCUUCUUCAACUGCCAUCAGUAAAAGAAAGUGAUUCACUUUGUAUAGAUGAUGUAAUAGUGCUGUAAAAGAAGUGGUCAUGGAUAUUUUAUCAUGGAAUGGUACCCUCUCAUCAAGUGAUUUUCGUCUUGCUGCUUGUGCUUUUAUGGAGAAAUGGAAAAGCUUUAUGUCAGCUUUCCCUCCGUGGUCAUGGGUCACUUGUCCAAAACAACCUUGGGUUGCUUCUCAUGAUGUGGAAGGAUACUUAUCAUUGGAGAACAUAAUUCUCAGGUCAAUUGAGGAGGAACAUGAUGAACUAAGUUGCCCUCUGAAAGAAGAGACAAGUUGCUCUGAGAAAGAGGAACCCAUUGAUAUUGCCACCUUAGUCCAGAGCAAUUGCAGCAAAGUACCUUACUAUGAUCUCCAUAUAAUAUAUAGUGCUUCAUACAGAGUUCCAGUGCUAUUUUUUCGUGCUUACUACAGUGAUGGAGAACCUUUGGGGUUUAAUGAAAUAGAAAAAGACCUUCCUGCUCACUCUGCAAAAGCAUUGUUGGAUUCAAAAUGGACGUACAUAACCCAGGAGGAGCAUCCAUACUUGAACAGGCCAUGGUUUAAAUUACAUCCAUGUGGGACCAGUGAGUGGAUGAAGCUGCUUUUUCAUGCUGAUGUUUCUGUGCCUAAAAAUGGAGUGGCAAUUGAACUCUAUGUGGUUUCAUGGCUCUCAGUCGUUGGGCAAGUGGUUGGUCUUAGAAUCCCUCUCGAAAUGCUGAAUCAGCUAUAAUAUUGAAUUGUUGAUGACAGUUCCUUUGAUAAUAUCUGCACAUGAUAUGGAAGUAUGGGGGUUUGCUUUUGUUGAUCC